GUUCACCCUGACCUUAGUUGUCAGCUUCAGUUCCCCUCCAUCGGACCCCUCUGUGCUUGUGUCAUCCCUUCUGUUCAGUCGUAUCGGCGCCCCCGAGAACGUACCCCGCAUAUGACAAAGCACACCAUGCUGCCCCCACCGCCAUGACCUCGCGAGAAGAUAGUGUCCUGGCCGCCAGAGACCCGUCUCUCGCUGACGAGAACGACUGGGAAGAGUUCAGCCUGUCGGAGGUGCGUGUCCUGGUGCCGGGCAAAUCCCGCUAUGCGAAUCUGUUGACGGCCUCGCCGGACAAUCCGGUCCAGGUGACGGGGUGUUUGGAUGAGGUGGAAGAGGAGCAGGAGAGUUUGAUUCUUGAUCCAGAGUACCUUAGUAAACGCAUUGUUCUCGAAAACGUGACGCAUUUUGCCUAUGGGCAGCAUAAUGAUGGCGAGGUCGGGUUCUGGGUUGCUGGACGGGCGGGCUGGUUCUCGAUAUCUCCGGCCAAGGGGUAUAAGCCUAUGUUUAAUGAUGUGGUGGAGGCGAUUGAUUUGUUGUAUUUUUUGGCGGAUCGGCAUCAGUCGAAGCGGAAGAGGAGGAAUUGGAAUCCGAGUGUGGAGUAUUUGUGUGAAGAGUAUGUGAGCCAUACGCACGGCAUCUGCGAGGAUGCGGAUGAUUCCGCCGAGGUGUUCUAUAAACACCAUCAUUUCCUGUUAUCGCGGAUGUUCAAAGGAGAGGAGAAUUCGCAGUGGACGAGUACGAAUAUCUUUGAGCAUCUGUGUGAAAAGUUUCCGGAUGAUUACGCGCAGAUCAAAGCCCAGUAUGAGAGCGUGAAGGAGGUCGAGUCGGAAGAAGAACCAGAGGAGGAAGAGGAAGAGGAGAAAGAAGAGGAGACGUCACAUGAAGCUGACCCAACUGGGUUGUCCAAGGGCCAGGCGGAUGCCAUUUACCAGGUCAUUCUCGAUCUGAAAGAAGCAGGAUACCUGGCCAAGCGCCAACUGACUCUUGACCUUCUCACCUCUACUCUGGUUGAUCGCUUCGAAAUCGAUAGUGCCGAAUAUGCACACGACCUCGUUGCCUCGCGAGCUGACGCCAUACUGGAGUUGAUGGACGAGGCAAAAACGUAUAAUUUUGACUGGUCCCGCAAGGUCAUCUACCGGGAGCUGAAAGCUGCGGGCAGGAAGAACCGCGUCCAGCAAGUCACCCUCACUCCGCUCCGGCCUCGUCCGUCUGAGAAUGAUGGCUCAUCCGGGGAAGAGAGCGAACACGAAGACCAUCCCCGGCUGCUCAGACGUCGGGUCCGCAAGUCCGUCCUGCGACCGAAAAGUUCCGUUGCUACGAAACGGACUGGCAAACGAACGCGGAGCGCGGCUGCGGAUAUGGACGAUGACUCGGAUGAGAACGCUGAUGCAGUGGAUGAAUUUGAGACUCCAAGCAAGGUCCGCGGCCAUGAUCUCGUCCGUGAUCCCUUGUCGACCCGCGCAAAGCGCCGGACUCGGUCGAUCCUUUCCGACUCGGUUUCUACCUAUCACAAGACACCACUGCAGGAGACUCUUCAAAGCCGGAAUACGUCUGUGUCCGUGGCAGAUCACGAUACCAAUGCGGAUGCCUCUGAGCUGGAAGCUCCCCAUGACGAUGGCAUAUUGUCGGACACUUGGGUGUGUCAGGUCCGCGGAUGCGGAAAGGUCAUUCAUAAGAGCAAUUCCAAGCGCGGCAAAGAGAUGAUUCAAGAUCAUUCUCUGGCGCAUGCGGACGAUACAAAAGCCAAGAUCGAUCUGGUCUUUGCCGAGCAAAAACUUAACAUUGGGCUUCCUGUGGAUAACCUCCUCACUCGCAUCCGGGAGAUGGGCGCGUUCGAUACGGAGCUGGCCGUGGACGCAGCUAAUGGGACUAAUGGAAUUAGCACAUGAUGAGCAUAGAUGACAAACGAGAUAUGAUAGACAGCACUGCUGCGAAGAUAUGAGUGCAGACUGCUAGGCGCGAUAGCCCACAGCACCACAGCACCACAGCCACAGCCAGAGCCAAGGAUCAAAUGGAGGCGGCGUGCUCGGGAUGGCGUUGAGGAUGAUACAUGGGCGGAUUACUGGCAUGAUGUGAUACCACGAUACCACUACAGAUAAACAGCCCAUCAUGAUUAACAAUAUACAAAUAACUGUCUAUGCUUUUAACCCAAC